UUUGCCAAAUACACCUUAGUAGCCGGUCUCUCCACCCCGCAAGAGGUGCGGAGGUGGAUUCACGUUACAGGUGGAGGUUCGCCCGUUCACACCUUUCAUCCGCGCCACUAUUAUUACACAAGAGGACUUGUAUCUCAUUCAAUUCAAUUUCCGUUGCUCUCUCUUCUUCUCGCGCUCUUCCAAAUGCCAAUCUAAGGACCUAACAGAGGAGGAGAAGAGAGACGCACAAAACCAAACGCCGAUUGAACCACCCUCGUCCGCUUCUAAUUUCUGCCUCGAUGCAACGAUAAUACUGGUGGUUCCACCUCAUUCCAACCCUCAUUUUCUGUGAUUAUUCGGAUUAUGAUUUGAUAUUUCCUCCGUUUCAUCUCCAUUUUGUUUUACAUUAUUUUUGGGGUUUUCUGUUUCAAUGAAUCAUCUUUCCUUUUAUUGACUCGAAAGGAUCAUCCACGGAGUUUCGAUCCUCAAGGCUUAGGUUUAGGGUUAGGGCAUCGACUCAAAUGGAAGCGUCCGGCGGAAAUUCGGAUUCUUACAGAGGUGUUUCUUCCACAACCAGCUCUCAUUCUAGAAGACACGGAAUGAAUUUAACUGCUUCUAGUAUUCUACGAUUGCCGCUGUCUACAUUGUUGGAAUACACUGGUGUUAUUAGGACCAGGUCCAUUCAGUCAGAAUCCGAUGCUUUGUUGAACACUGGGCCCUCUGUUGGUUAUCGAGACCACAUGCGGCUGCGUCUUGAAGACACUGCAGUCUCCCCAGCAGACAACGUGGGCAGUGGUGCAGGGGAAGUUUCCAUUAGAAUAAUAGGUGCUGGUGAACAUGAGCAUGAUAGGGUGGGGAAUGUGUUGCCUUCAUCACCGACAGUUGGCCAGCUGAGUGGGCAAAAUGAAGCCUUUGUGCAGCCGAUUUUAAAUUCGAGCUCUGCUGUUUCAGUGUCAUCGUCAUUGGAGAGUCAAUUGGAUUUGAGGGAUGAUCGCGAGGCAGGAGGAGGAGUUUUGUUGUCCGUGAAUGCAAGUGGUAAUCCAGAGGCUGCUGAGGGAGUUGAGGGUAAUGACAGGGAUUCGUCUUCUUACCAGAGAUACGAUAUACAGCAGGCUGCUCGGUGGAUCGAGCAGGUCCUCCCUUUUACAUUGCUUCUGUUGGUUGUUUUUGUUCGGCAGCACUUGCAAGGUUUCGUUGUUACCAUUUGGAUUUCUGCUGUAAUGUUCAAGUCAAAUGAUUUUUUACGGAAACAGACAGCACUUAAGGGUGAGAGGAAAAUAUCUGUUCUCAUUGGCAUUGUUAUUCUCUUCGUGGUUCAUGUGGUUGGGGUUUACUGGUGGUACUGGAGUGAUGAUCUUCUAUUUCCAUUGUUGAUGAUUCCACCAAAGGCUAUACCACCUUUCUGGCAUGCUAUAUUCAUUAUCAUGGUGAACGAUACUCUGGUCCGUCAGGCUGGUAUGAUCUUCAAGUGCUUUCUAUUGUUGCAUUACAAGAACAGCAGAGGCCGAAACUACCGUAGACAGGGUCAAAUGCUGACUUUGGUUGAGUACCUACUGCUGCUUUACCGUGCUUUGCUGCCAGCUCCUGUAUGGUAUCGUUUCUUUCUGAACAAAGACUAUGGAAGCCUUUUCUCAUCACUGAUGACUGGGUUAUACUUGACUUUCAAACUCACAUCUAUUGUUGAGAAGGUUCAAUCUUUCUUUACUGCCUUGAAAGCAUUAUCGUGUAAAGAUAUCCAUUAUGGAGCUUAUGCAACAUCUGAACAGGUUAAUGCAGCAGGGGAUUUGUGUGCCAUUUGCCAGGAAAAUAUGCACGCACCAAUCUUAUUAUGCUGUAAACACAUAUUUUGUGAGGAUUGUGUGUCUGAAUGGUUUGAGAGAGAACGUACAUGUCCUUUGUGCCGAGCUUUGGUGAAACCUGUGGAUCUCAGAUCAUUUGGUGACAAAUCUACAAGUCUAUUUUUUCAGUUAUUCUAAACUGCCAGUGAGUAUAACUGGGAAGUUUUCUGCUUUGAAGCCUAAAUUGUCAUCCAGAGCAGCUGUCUCCUGAUCAUCUUGUUAUAUGGAAAAUUUAACUGUAACUAUUAAAAGUUGCUGGUGAUGUUGAAACUUAGUCUGGGGUCGGCUUUGUCUGUUGUUGGGUUGUAAUGAGAAAUGUAUGUAAUGGGUUCCUAAAGCGACAGGAGUUAUAUUUUUAUGAUAUAUACACAAAUGCAACAGUUAGAGCCAUAUAUGAGAGCUUUUCAAGUCAGAA